CAGCGGCCGCCGGAGGCGCGCGCAGCCGCCUCACUCCCGGAAGUGUGCCCUAUAGCCUACGCGGCGGCCGCCGAGCACUUGAGUUCAUCUCGUCUUUAUCAUCGCUGUGAAGGCUUAGAUCCACCCUGGAAGCUGUUUACCUAAGAGGCCUUGCGAAGCCAGACGAUGCCCACUGACCUGGGGCAGGCCCUAGGCCUGCUGCCUCCACUGGCCCAGGCUGAAGACUCCCUGUUCUCUGGACCAGACGCUGCCUCUCAAGGGGAGCUCUCUAGCCCAGAGGCUGCGCGACAGUUGUUCAGGCAGUUUCGUUACCAGGUGAUGUCUGGACCCCACGAGACACUGAAACAACUUCGGAAGCUUUGUUUCCAGUGGCUCCAGCCAGAGGUCCACACCAAGGAGCAGAUCCUGGAGAUCCUGAUGUUAGAGCAAUUUCUGACCAUCCUUCCUGGAGAGAUCCAGAUGUGGGUGCGCAAACAGUGUCCAGGCAGUGGAGAAGAGGCAGUGACCCUGGUGGAGAGCUUGAAGGGCGAUCCUCGGAGACUGUGGCAGUGGAUCAGCAUUCAAGUUCUAGGGCAAGAAAUCUUAUCAGAGAAGAAGGCAUCUCCAAGCUGGGAUGCGGAGCCCCUCCCAGAAGUGGAACAUCAGGAGCAGGGCCUUGAGAGUUCACCCUUGGAUCCUGGGGAGCUGCUUGGCCACACGGUGAAGGAGGAACCAGAGCUAGCUGUAGCUACUUCUCAGAUUCCUGCACGACCUGAGGACAGGCUUCUGGGAGACCAAGACUUGGGAGCAGUGCUCCUCCCAGGAACACCACAGGAUCAGUGGAGGCAUCUGGAUUCCACUCAAAAGGAGCAAUACUGGGAUCUCAUGCUGGAGACCUAUGGGAAAAUGGUCUCAGGAGGUGUUUCCACCUCCAAACCCAACCUGCCUAAUUCAACAGAGCUUGGGAAAGACCUGACAGGAUUGCCCCCCCAUAUUAGUGAGAAGAUUGCAAGACUCACCUGUGCAGGGGAAAGGCAAGAGAAUGACAAAGAGAUCCUGAACCUGGCAGAUCACAGGGCCCCGGAAGCUCUGGAAGGCCCCUGUCAGGCUUCUGGGGAGGCCCCUCCCCAGGCGGCACUCAGGGGCUUCUUUAGUGAGGAGGAUAUGCCAGGAUGCUUUGUGGAAGGAGAGCGCCUCCCUGAGGCUCCAGAAAACCUCCAGGGUGAGGGGUCAGGAGGACAGAUUUCUCCACACGCAAGGAGUUCUGGGAAACAACUAGGUCAUUACCUGCCUCCCCCUCCAGGUGAGCUGUCUGCCCUAUGGCUGGAGGAGAAGAAAGAGGCCUCGCAGAAGGAGCAACUGAGAGCCCCCCUGGCCCCAAAGCUCCCCACCUGCAGGGAGUGUGGGAAGACCUUUUACAGGAAUUCGCAGCUGGUUUUUCACCAAAGAACCCAUACUGGUGAGACAUACUUUCAGUGCCCCAUCUGCAAAAAAGCUUUUCUGCGGAGCUCAGACUUUGUGAAACAUCAGAGAACUCACACCGGGGAGAAGCCCUGUAAGUGUGAUUACUGUGGGAAAGGCUUCAGUGACUUCUCUGGUUUGCGCCACCAUGAGAAAAUCCACACAGGGAAGAAACCCUAUAAAUGUCCCAUCUGUGAGAAAAGCUUUAUUCAGAGGUCAAACUUUACUAGACAUCAAAGGGUUCAUACAGGAGAGAAACCUUAUAAAUGCUCCCACUGUGGCAAAAGUUUCAGCUGGAGCUCCAGCCUUGACAAACAUCAGAGCUCCCACUUAAGGAAGAGGCCUUUCCAGUAGUCACAUCCCAGCUCCAUCUGCGUACAUUCUGUCCCUGGGGGACAGCCUGCUCCAUUUUUCGUGGAUUGCACAGGAACAACCUGGACAUGAAUUUGGACUUGAAGAUACACUGUUGGCCUCUGGACUGGAUUUCAUGGUGGUUUAGUUUCUUCCUUUUGCAUCAGGGGAAAGAAUAGUCUUUAUGUUUUAUCUCUUCUUUUGGAUUCCUUGGGACAAAACCUCUCACUGAUUUAGUUUUUGGAGGUGCUUGUUGGGGAGAAUUUCAGUGGAGUGGCUGCUCACCCAGAGAACCUGGAUCAGCCCCUAAGAACUGGGGUUCUAGAGCAGGGCUGCUAUAAAAGGGGAGGCAUGGAGGGUCCAUGGCCACAUGCGUGCUCUUGGGUCAUGUGGGUGGAAAAAUAACCUCAACUGUCCCUUGUUUGCAAUGAAUUGAGUCAAACCA